AUGUGGCGAUUCAAUCUCAUAACCCCAUUUAUAGUAUUCUCAGCGAUUCAUGCGCUCGCCGUCACCUUCAAUAUAUUCCUAAUCGUCGUGGUUUUCAAAUAUGGUGAUAAAAAAACAAUUCCAACCGUCUAUAUUUAUAACAUGGCCGUGAGCAAUUCGAUAAAUACCAUCAUGUCGUUCACAACAUUCAAUAUGCCAAUGUUAUGGACAGACGAUUAUUACAUAGAAUUUCGCGACACUUAUAUGCCAUCCCUUACCGUAAUCACAUCUCUUACUUAUCGCUAUGAAUUAUUCCUUCCAUUCCUCAUGAUUGUGCAGCGAGUUUAUUGCGUCUAUAAUCCGUUCAACAAUUUGUUCACCGACUUCUAUUUAUGGAUUUAUUGCGCAAUUCUUGUGGGAAUCCUUGCGUUCUUCAUUGUCAUUCCCCAAUUCACCAAUUGCUAUUUUUAUAUUGACCAACGGAAAUUCGCGUUCAUAUCGGCGUGCGCUCCAGACAAGCACAUCCUGCAUCGAAUUGUCUUCGAUUUUACUGCGUCGGCGCCGUACAUUUCCAUGAUCAUCAGCAUUGUGAUCAUCAUUCACUUGUCGCUGAAACGCGGGAAAAUGUUUCACACGGCACCAAGAGGAAGCGUGAGCAGUUUGGUUGAGCAAAAAAGUGUGGCGGCGAAGCGACGACGAAGCUAUGAUAAGAGCAUGGUAUUGCAAUUGGUCGCCACCACAAUAUUCCUGACGAUAUACGAUGUUUCGGCGAGAAUUGUUGGCAAAAUUCCGGUAGAUCAAAACCAUGAGGAGGGAGCCCUUCCAACCGUCUACAUUUAUAACAUGAUCGCUAGCAAUAUGAUCAACAUUUGCCUGACAUUCUUCGGCUUCCUGAUGCCUCUUUUAUGGACCGAUGAGUUCUAUAAUGAGUUUCGCGAUGCCGCCAGCCCGAUUCUGACACUUUUCACCGCAUUCUCCUAUCGCCAUCCACUAUUCCUCACAUUUCUCAUGAUCAUCCAACGAGUUGGUUGUGUCGUUUCGCCGACGACCACCAAAUUCUCCGAUAGACAUUUGUGGGCGUAUUGCGCGAUUCUGGCGUUGAUCAUUUGCAUUCUUCUAGUGGUCCCUUUCUUUUCUGAUUGCUAUUUGUACAUGGAUCAACGGCGAUUAGCAUUCGUCACUGGAUGUGAGCCAAAUAAGCAUUUGUUUACUGCAGUCUUAUUCUUUUCCACCUCAAUCGCCCCAUAUAUUUCAAUGGUCCUCAGCCUUCUUAUCCUCUGCUAUCUUUCCAUGAAACGCUCUAAAAUGUCCCAGCUUGAUCGUCGAUCUAGCAGUUUGACGAAUACGAAAAUUAUUAAGAGUCGACGAAGGCAGAGCUAUGAAAAGAGCAUGAUGCUCCAACUCAUCUCGACCACAAUUUUUCUGACGCUCUACGACAUUUCAGCGAGAGUUCUCAAAAUCAUUCCACCUUCGAUUCUCAAUCGUACUCCAACCUCACUUUUCUACAUAUUCUACGUUCGACAAGCAUUUGGUGUUCUUAUCAAUGUCACCGUAUAUGGGAUUGGUACCAAGCGGACACGGACAUUGAUAAUUGAGACGAUGGCGGCGGUGGCGAAUGGAAGGAAGAUUGAGAAGAUGAGCGGAAUGACGACGCAGACAAGAAUUUUUGUUAAGAAUUGA